AUGUCGCACUUCGUCUCCAGCCACACCUCGCAAGACUUUGCUUCGCUGCAAACUCAGCUGUUGCGCAGAGAGCCAGUGCAAGGUGGCAGCCCGGCCGAAGAAGAGCCACUCUACUCGGACCAUGCCGACAAGCAGGGUGGGUUGGGAGCAUCGGCCAGUUCACUCGCCUGUCGUCGUCGGCGCAACAGCAACAACGACAACCUCGGCCCUUCCGACGACAAUCGUAGUCAGCGUGUGCCAUCGCUCUAUUCACGUCGCAAUAGUCCCCAACUGCCCGAGCCAGGCCCUUCUCGUGCGGCAAGUCUCGCGCGCAAUGUCGACGGCGGUGGCCAGAUUGAAGCUAUCGACUACUUCUCCAACCCUACUUCCCCUCCAUCCCGACCACCAUCUACGGCCUAUCGUGUUCAUCUCGAUAGUGGCAAUCCAUUUUCUGCCAACAACACCUCUUCCCCUAUCUCGUUCGCCGACCAUGCCGAUACACGCACAGCUUCAAUCUACUCAGAUCAGCCGUAUGCUGUCUCUUCCGCCAUCCUGGCCCAGAGCACAUCCACAAUACCCUCCAGACGUCUCCCCAAAGGUGUCUCCUUUUCCGAUCCACGUACCGGCCCAGGCGAAGACGGUCAUCGUACCCAGAGCGCCAAACACUAUCGUAAACCUGCACGCUCCAAUAGCGCCUUUCAGGAUGCAACUCUCUCACAUCAGCAUAACGCUCAUAUGCCGCGCACCAAGACGCUGGGCAUGAUCAGUCCUGCCGAAAUGGCUCCUCGUAAGCUUGGCACUUGGGAUGGUGUCUUCAUGCCAGUCAGUCUCAACAUCCUCGGUAUCAUCUUGUUUCUGCGUUUCGGCUUCAUCCUUGGCCAGGCAGGUCUGCUCGGCUCUCUCUUUCUGCUGAUGCUCAGUUAUGCCAUCGAUACGCUCACCGCUAUGAGUCUCAACGCGAUUAGUACCAACGGUCAAGUCAGAGGUGGAGGUGCAUAUUAUCUCAUCUCUCGCUCUCUCGGUCCAGAAUUCGGCGGAUCUAUUGGGCUGAUCUUCUUUGCUGGACAAGCGCUGAAUGCUGCUAUGAACCUUUUAGGUUUCGUCGAGACUCUGACCGAUGCGUUCGGUCAAAGUAGAGGUCCAUCCGGUUUCUUGCCCCAAGGACCGUGGUACUCGUUCUUCUACGGCUCCAUCGUGCUGCUACUCAGUGCCAUCGUUUGCCUUGUCGGCUCCAAGCUCUUUGCACGUGCUACAUUGGCAUUGGCACUAGUGUUGUGCGUGUCCAUCAUCAGCAUCCCCAUCUCUUCAUUCACUGUGCAACCCUUCAUCGAUGAUGACCGAGGUGCAUACUACACUGGAUGGUCCUCGGAUACACUCCGAGGCAAUCUCUUUCCGCGCUUCACCUCGGGUGCUGCAGGCUCGUCAACAGGCACCGAAGCAGAAAACUGGCAGAGCGUCUUUGGUGUACUCUUCCCCGCCGUCACUGGUAUCCUCGCAGGAGCGUCCAUGUCAGGCGAUCUGCGAAAGCCAAGCAAAAGCAUUCCCAAGGGUACAAACUACUCGCUUCUCUUCACUUUUUUGGUCUACCUCUUCAGCUUUGUUAUCUUUGCUGGCACCAUCGAGCGCGAGUCCUUCUAUGUCGAUGUCGGUAUUGUUUCCGAUGUCGCACUUAGUCCGCAGCUCAUCACUUUUGGUGCACUUGCUUCGACCGCUUUCUCGGCAUUGAUGGGCGUCAUGGCGUGUGGCAAAGUCCUCCAAGCCAUUGCACGAGACAACUUGCUUCCCAUCCUCGACCUCUUUGCUCAAGGCACCCAAGUUAGCGAUACUCCUAUCCACGCCGUUCUCGCCACCUACAUUUUUUGCCAGACUAUCCUAUUCGUCGAUUCAGUCAACACCAUUGCACAGCUCGUCACCAUGACUACACUUCUCACUUUCGGUACGCUCAGCUUCGCUACGUGUGCACUCAAAGCAGGAGGAGCGCCGAGCUUUCGACCCUCCUUCAAGUACUGGAAUAUCUGGACAGCUGCUGGUGGUGCAGUCAGUUGUUUCAGUGCUAUGUUCUUCACCGACCCUACUGCGGCUGCAGCUUGUAUCAUCUUUGCCGUCAUGCUAUUUGUCAUGAUUCAUUUUUUUUCCCCACCUAAGCCGUGGGGAGAUGUGACACGUAACAUCACCUACCACUUUGUCCGCAAGUAUCUACUCCGACUCGACGAACGUAAGGGACACGUCAAGUACUGGCGACCGCAGAUUCUACUGCUGGCGAACAAUCCUCGAAGCGAGUGGAACCUUAUCAUUUUUUGCAACUCGCUCAAGAAAGGUGCGCUCUACGUACUCGGUCAUGUCCUCAAGGGAGAGUUCACAGAGUGUUUGGCCGAGUUGAGGAAACAGCAAGUAGCUUGGCUUAAGCUUGUGGAUCUCACGGGGAUAAAGUCGUUUGUCGACGUGGUCAUUGCCAAGGAUGAAAGGGAGGGUGCUCGCAACUUGAUUCUUUCCUGUGGGUUGGGGGGGAUGAGGCCGAAUAUUGUCGUGAUGGGUUAUCCGAGCGAUAUGAGACAUCCUGCCAAGGUCGCACCUAGCAGUUACGCUGGUAGUGGACAUAGGAGCGAUGGUAGCGAGAUUACAAUCAGAGGUCUGGGAUGGCCUCAGCGUCAUCAUCGUGCUGUUGACAUUGGCAGUUUACCAACUGACGUUGCGAGGAAAGAGACACCGAUCAAACCAACUACGUAUGUGGGGAUCAUGGAAGAUUCGCUCGCACUCAAUAAGGCUCUUGCCAUUGCGUACGGGUUUGAUCUUAUGCAGCCUCCCGGACCCGUCGCUUCCAAUACGGCGCAAAAUGGAAACCUAGCACCUGAACGAUACAUCGAUCUCUGGCCGAUUCAAAUCGCAAGCCCAGAUGCAGACGAAAGCCAUGCUUGGGACACUUACACUAUGGUCCUCCAUCUCGGCACCAUUCUUAGCUUCACCAGUAGCUGGAAGUCUCACAAGCUUCGUGUUUCUGUCUUUGUGGAGCAUGCGAGUGAGAUGCAACAGGAACGCAACAGGAUUCGAGCGCUGUUGGAUAACUUGCGCAUCCCGGCAUCGCUCCGUGUGUUUUGCUUGGCAGAUCAGAGUGUUACUACGUACCAAACCAUUGUUCACGGUAGCAACAUUGCAGCGGUCGAGGUUGAUGAGGCGUUGCGUGGCGAUCCUUGGUGGGAGACUCUGAAAGAGCUUCGGAGGAAUGACGAGCGACGUGCGAGGCAAGCAGCGAAACGCAAAUCUCAAGCCUUAUCACCUGCUAAAGCUAUCCCGUCCGGCGGUGGUGGAGGAGGAGGAGGAGGAGCAGCAGCAGCAGCAGGAGGUCAAGCGGGGGAUGCACCUCGCAAACAAUCCAAACGAGAACAAAAGCUAUUCGGCGUAAGUUUGCCCGCCGAGCACUUGGCGUUUCACAAGCAGAACAUUCGCUUGGGUCUUGCGCAUCCCAGAGCACGUAGGGACGAUGGGGAGGAUGGAAAUGGGUCUUCUGACUCGGAUUCCGAGUUUGAGGAUGAACUGGCGAUGUUGAGUGAGGACGAUGAUUGGUUGGUCGAUGGGCCCAACCGGAGAGGCUUGGCGAUUAGGAGAGCUUCGACGUUGGAGCCGAGUAGUUAUUUGGGUAAGACAAAGACUUAUCGUUCGAGAGCGUACUCGAUUGGUGGGUCGGCUGGGUUGCCUGAUGAUCCGGUCACUGCUGCUAGUAGACCGCUGUUGGGUGCUUCUCCGCAGACGGGUUCGGGAUCGGUCGCGACGAGUUACGGCACGCUGAGUUCGAGUCAGAGGACUGCCACGCCGGCGAAUGUGAGGGCGGCGAGUAAGGGGAGUUUGUUGGGUACAUCGUAUGCUUCGACGGAUUCGAGCAUGACUCCUCGUGCUUCGGUGCCGUAUAGCGAAGAAAAGCCUUCUCCGCUAAGACAGGGUCUUGUCUCGGCAUCCAAGGGGGAUGAGGGGGAUGGGGAGGAGGAAGAGAAUGCAGCAACGCUCAAAGCUUCGGAACGACAAAAGCUGCAAGCUGAACUCAAACGCGACUCGGAAAUCACCAGGAACACCACCCCGACCAGAUCCAAAGCUGCUGCUGUUGGCCUCGGCAUGGCUGCUUCCCGCUCAACCGAUGCUGUUACACCUCGUCCAAAGACAAAGUUGGAUAAACGACAGUGGUCGUAUGCAAGCAGCUCCUCAAGCGCAUCCUCAGACAGAGGCUCUUCGGGCGGGGAAGAGGAUUCAAAAGGUCGCCUCACCAAAUGCACCAAAGGUUCCACAGGCAAACCUUGGCGUCAUGCUCGAUCGCGAUCCGAAGAAACGUCUACCUCCUCAACAACGGCUGGUGCUUCACCAGUUGCAAUGCGUCGCAUGCGACCCGCGCCUUGCACUAGCAGAGUCGGUAGCAAAAGCUACUCUACAAAUCUACCCGUGAUCUCGUUCAAUGAGCUACCCAAUAAAGCUCAGUACCUCAUCUUGAACGAGUUGAUCAGGCUGAACAGCAAUAGGACAAGUACAGGGGUGGUAUUGACGGCCUUGCCGGCUCCGGAGGUGGGGACGAGUGAAGACGAGUUGAAGAGUCUAAGAUAUUUGGAACAAUUAGAGAGUCUGUUUGCUGGUGGACCACCGAUUCUGGGGGUGCAUGCGAAGACGCUGACUAUGACUAUGAGUUUGUAA